UGUUGGCAACUUCUCUUUGUAUCAGAAUCUCUCUUUCUCUCUCUUACACAGCUUGAUUCUUAGCACAAAUGGCACUUAACUCUACCAUAUGUAUGCUCCCUCCUCUUAUAAAUACACCAAACCCUUUCACGUACUAUCAUCAGCGAGGCCAAAAAUAGAAACUUUGCAUACCCUGAGAUCUCUUGUUUGGUGGCUGUAAAUUCUCUAGGCUUUUGAUUCGAAUGUCUAAGUCGAUGAGGACCGUGCGAGCGACGUACGCGAAACUAUGGACAUCCAUCAAGAGCUGCCUACCGCGCAAGAGCCAAAUCGCCAGCGAGUCCGUGCAGGGCGCGAAGCUAGCUGCUCCUCCGUGGACUGGCUGCGAGUCGUGCGUGGAGGAGGAGAAUAAAGUUUGCCGGUGUGAGUGCGACUCGGGCACGGCGGAGCCGAAGCUGAAGGCGGAGGAGGAGAAGCAUGCAGGGGCCAACAGCUCUUUUGCUCAUGCUGUCAUCAACAUGGUUGGCAUGCUCGUAGGGCUGGGACAGCUAUCAACACCAUAUGCCUUGGAGAAUGGAGGGUGGUCCUCUGCAUUCCUGCUCGUAGGGCUUGGCAUAGUAUGUGCCUACACCUCCCACUUGCUUGGGAAAUGCCUUGACAGGAGCCCCAAGUCAAGAAGCUACACAGACAUUGGUCAGCAAGCCUAUGGAUCCAAAGGCAGGGUCAUAGCAGCAACCUUCGUCUACUUGGAGAUCUUCAUGGCCCUCGUCUCCUACACCAUCUCGCUCCAUGACAACCUCAGCAUCGUCUUCUCAGGGACUCAGAUCAGUGCCCGGUGGGCGCACAUGUCCAGCUCUCAGCUCUUGACCGUGAUUGCUGUGCUUAUUGCCCUCCCAAGCCUCUGGCUCAGGAACCUGUCCUCCAUCUCUUUCCUCUCUUCCGGGGGCAUCCUCAUGUCGAUCAUCAUCUUCGCCUCAGUGGCUCUGACCGCCAUUUUCGGCGGGGUCAGGUCGGAUCAUGAGAUUCCGGCGCUCCAGAUCCUUAACAUCCCCGGGAUUUCAGGGCUCUAUGUGUUCGGUUAUGCUGGGCAUAUCGUCUUCCCUGACUUGUAUAAGUCCAUGAAGGACCCUUCCAUGUUCACCAAGGUAUCGAUUGUGAGCUUCACCCUAGUCACGGCCCUGUACACUGCCCUCGCCUUCAUGGGCGCAAAGAUGUUCGGCCCCGGCGUCAGCUCGCAGAUCACCCUCAGCUUGCCGCGCGGCCUUGUGAUGACCAAGGUCGCCUUGUGGGCCACGGUCCUGACACCGAUGACCAAGUACGCUCUCGAGUUCGCUCCCUUCGCCAUCCAGCUAGACCGCGGCCUCCCCGGGUCGAUGGGCUCAAUUGCGCGGAUGGCCGUGCGGGGCACGGUGGGCUCCGUGCUGCUGCUGGUGAUCCUGUCACUCGCGCUCUCCGUCCCGUACUUCCAGUACGUGCUCGGCCUCACCGGCUCGCUGGUCAGCAUCUGCAUUUGCGUGAUCUUGCCCUGCGGUUUCUACACCAAGAUAUGCUGGCCGAGCCUGUCGAAGCCGCUCCUUGUUCUGAACUUGAUGCUCAUUGGAUUCGGCUGCGUCCUCGGGGUGUUUGGGACAAUAUCAUCGUCCAAGUCCCUCAUCAAAAGCCUGCAGGGACACCACUCAGCCUAAACGAAACAAUCCUAGCGACAAAAGAAGAUAACAUCCUCGUUUACUUUGGGAUUUGGUCACUUUCUUGUAAGAUAUGGGCAGUUUUAUUAAUGGCUAAAACCUGUUUCAA